AUGUCUCUAAUUGCGGGAAAGCCGCUACCACCGCCGGCCAAACCGGCCAAGGCGUCGCCGCCGGUGCCGGCCAAUCCGCGGCUCGUCCUGCUGGCGAAUAACUCGUUCGACGCGAAAUGCCUCGACGGGAGGUACAGAAUGAGGGGGAAAUGGGACCCCCCUCUGUCGCUCUCCCCUCCUUGUAACUCAUCACCUUUCCCCCACAUUCCCUCCUCCUCACCCCCCCCUUCCCCCUCCCCUCGCCGCCCCUACGACCUCCGCACCCCAGCCCCCCAGGAUCUGAAAUCGAAUCGGGGGAUCAAAUCUGCGGAUCAGAUUCUCUUGGUGGGCAGCUCAGCGGGCGGCCAAGCAAUCGUUGCUUUCUGCGAUCGCAUCGCUGCCGCCUUCCCCUGGGCCGCAACUAAAUGCAUCUCUGAUUCGGGCUUUUUCAUUGACUCCAAGGACCGGUUGGGGGGGAACACGUGGCGUGCCUCGGCACAGAUGCUGGUGGAUUUUCACAAGCCCAAAUGGACUGACUGCAUGGAUG